UUUCAUAGAUAGGCGAUAAACACAAGAAAUUAUUCGCGAUAGCAUGAGAGUUUAUAAAAGAAGUGGAUUUUGAAUAACUAUAAUCAGUUAAAUUUCAAACGUUGUAUUAAAUAAAAGGUGAUAUAAUAAUCUUAAAAGAAAAUUCCAACAAUGAAGGAAAUAUUUAUUUUUGCUGUUGUAAUAGCAGCUGUCGGGGCAUAUGAGCCAGGUGAAGAGCCAUUACUGCCAGUGCCUACAAAAUGUCCAGAAACUAAUGGAAAUGUUGCAGUUCACAUUGCGAAUGAAUAUGAUUGUACAAAGUUUUACAAAUGUAACUAUGGCCUCGAAGUUCCAAUGGAUUGUCCCUAUAGUGAUCUAAUUAAUGGCUAUUUGCACUUCAAUAAAGAACUGCAAGUUUGUGACUGGCCUUGGAGUGCUGGUUGCGAAGAAUUACCGCAAAAACCGCCUAAUAAACCAACAAUCACGUCUACAACAACGACUACAACUACAACAACUACCAAAAAACCAACGACUACAUCUACAACAACAACUACUAAGAAACCAACCACCACAUCUACAACAACAACUACCAAAAAACCUACAACCACAUCCACAACAACAACGACUGAGAAACCAACCACCACAUCUACAACAACUACCAAAAAACCUACAACCACAUCCACAACAACAACGACUGAGAAACCAGUAACACCUGAAGUACCAGAAGUAAAUGAAAAAUGCCCCAAAGGACAAGGAGCAAGCAGCAUUAAACUUCCUGACAAAACGAAUUGUAAGAAUUAUUAUGUUUGCCAUGAAGAUGGCACUUCACAUAACGAACAAUGUGAUGAAGACUUUUUCUUCGAUCCAGAAACCAGAAUGUGUGAUUUUGACGAGGAUGGAACGCACUGUCCACAAAAGCCAACAAUAACAUUAUCAUCAACACCAAAACCAAAUACCAAUCAUAAAUGUCCAGAAGUUGAUGAUCCAAAGAAACCAACAGUUCUCCCUCAUGAAUGUCAAUGCCACAUAUAUUUUGUCUGCAAAAAUGGCAAAAAAGUUGAAGAGUUCUGUCCUAAUGAAAAACGCUUUGACAUUAAAACAAGAAAAUGUCUACCAAAGUCAGAAGCUACAUGUGGCAAUUCACAUGAAGGACAAACAACUUCGACCACUGAAAAUCAACCAAAACCAACAACCGACUUAUACUCGUUCUUGAAAAUGUUUCGUUGGGAAAAAAUAUAUUGCUUUGCUGUCAUCAUAGCAGCAGUGACAACAGUCAACGCAUAUUAUCCAGGCGAUACACCAAUAAUACCAAUACCAAAGAAAUGUCCAAAAGACAAUUCAGGCGACGCAGUACAUAUUGCACACGAAUAUGAUUGUACAAAAUUCUACAAAUGCGAUUGGGGACGUAAAGUUUUGCAAUACUGUCCGUAUAUGAAUGAAAACAAGGAUCGUCUACAUUUCAACAGAGUGUUGCAAGUCUGUGAUUGGCCAUGGGAUGCCGGAUGUGAAGGACACGAUCCUGUAACUGAUGAUCCAGUAACAGAUGACCCAGUAACUGAUGAUCCAAUAACUGAUGAUCCAAUAACUGAUGAUCCAAUAACAGAUGAUCCAAUAACAGAUGACCCAAUAACAACAACAACUGAAGAAGUUACCGAAACACCCACGGACGAUUUUUACACACCAUCGACAACAACAGGAACAACACCUCCUCUCGACGAAUGUCCUAUAGGAGUCCCUGGCACAGCAAUACCUGAUAAAACAGAUUGUAGAAGUUACUACGUCUGUCAUGCUGAUGGCAGUUCGCAUAAGGAAACAUGCCAGGGCGAUGAUGUCUUUGAUCCAAGAAUCGGAAUGUGUGAUUAUGACGAUGGAACAAUUUGUCACGAUGGUACAACACCGUUACCAACAACAACAACAACUACAACAGAGGAACCGGAACCAGAACCAGAACCAGAACCCGAAUGUCCAGAUGUUGAUGAUCCUGAUUAUCCUGUAUUACACCCUCAUGAAUGUCAAUGUCAUAUUUACUAUGUUUGCGAAAAUGGUAAAGCAUUUAAGAAAUAUUGUCCUGUAGGAAUGGGCUUUGAUGUCCAUCUGCAACGUUGUCUUCCAAUGUCAAUAGUUCAUUGUGCCCAACCUGAUGACGACGACGAUGAUGAUGAUGACACGUCUAUUGUAAUUGCUAAUCAACCUUCGAAUAAUGAAGAUACAUCGAAGGAUACAUCAUUUUUUUUGAAACUCUUCCAUUGGGAUAAAUUCACAAUCAUGAAAAGUCUUUUGAUUAGUUUAGUGGUGUGUAUGGUGAUACUAAUUGUUCACGCUGACGAUAAUCCAAUCAAACCCAUUCCAAAAGAUUGCCCCAAAAAAGACAGUCUAGAUUAUACUGUUCACAUUGCUCACGAAAAGGAUUGUUCUAGAUUUUACAAAUGUCAGGCUGGAAAGAAAGUACCAAAGGAAGGUUUACUUUGCCCAAAAAUGAAAAAUGGCCUUCGAUUACAUUUCAAUCCAUUGCUUCAAGUUUGUGAUUGGCCAGCUAAUGUUAAAUGUUCACUGCCAGUAAAACCAAUGGCUGACGAAUUACCCGAAAGUGAAGAUUUGACAGAUGAAUUACUUGAAGAUGAUGAUGCUGAUGAUGAUCUUGAGGAAUUAUUCCUGUCAAUAGCCUGCCUCCUUGUGGCUGGAGCGUCAUCAUCAUUAGCCUCAGAGGAAAUAGAAACACAAGGAGUAAGUGAUUGGCAAAAUCCAAUGUGGUGCAAGGGAUCAUGCCCACUAACAGAUCCCAUAGAUCAUACAGUACUUUUAAAUCACUGGGAUUGUGACAAAUAUUGUGCUUGCAAUCAUGGACGACCAAUAGUGAAUAUUUGUCCUGCUGGUUUAUUUUUCAAUUCAAAAUUACAAACUUGCGAUUUUCCUGAAAGUGCAGAUUGCCAUAAUUUAGAAUUCUUAAAUGAAAUUAUUGAGGCCGAAGAUGUACUUGUUGAGACAGUAACUCCAAGUUGGCAAAAUCCAAGCACAUGUAAACGGAAAUGCCCAGAUAUAGACGAUCCACACAAAGUAACUCUUUUGGAAAAUAAAAAUUGCACUACAUUCUGUAUGUGCCAUAUGGGAACCCCAUAUGUCAAAGAAUGCCCCAAGGGACUUAUUUUCAGUCAUAGUCAUCAAACAUGUUCGUGGCCAUAUCUUGUCACCUGUCCUCAAAUUAAUUAAUUAAUUAAUUAAUUAAUAUUAAUUCAUAAUAUUUCUUUUUGUAAUCGCACUAAAAUUAUUUACAUUCUUACAAAUUGUAAAUUUUUAAUAAACAUUUUUAUAAAAUAA